AUGUCAAUCACCGUAGUUACGUUGCACCCGAAGACAUGUAAGCAGCAUCAGGGUGACUUUUUGGCAACCGACAAACUAUUUGGGCCCGCGUAUCGCGGAACGACAAGGGUUCAAAGUGCUUCUGAGACAGAACUGCGACUAUCAAUAGAGAAUGCUGAGCGCAUUUAUUAUGAGCCACAUGCCACGCUUUGGUGA